AUGCCUCCCGCAACCCACCAUUCCUUUGCCAGGCUCACCAUCACACCUCGCGCCGAGUGCACAAACCACAAGUCCUACGAGUCCUCGGUUGAGGACGAUGGAGCCCUCGACUUCUUCGAAUUUGCCGAAGUCUACAGUUCCUCGUCCGACUCUACCUCUUCGUGGGGCGACGAUGCUCAAGACGAGGACCCCACCGACAUGCCGCUCGCCGUCGAAAUUGUCGAUGGCAAGUUUGGCGACAGGACCGCUGGCUGCUACCGCAUCGUGUCGAGCGACGAUGUCGUCUUCUACAUUCCCGGCAAGCUUCUCCGCCAAGGUCCCAGGUUUCACUUUAUGGCGACUGCGAUCCCAAUGCCGACCACCGUGGGCCUGACUUUGACCAAGGCGUACGAAAACGCCACCACCUUGAGGCUCGUGUUUUCGGUUCUCGACGACCUCCGCCUCGACGGCGUCGCGGUCGAGCUCUGGCCCACCAUCCAAGAGAUGGGCGACAGCCUCAAGUUUGCCCAGGCGUACGAGUUCAAUGCGGCGUACAAGGUCCUCCUCUCGUUCCUCAAGGACAAGGUGCGCUUCACCAACUGGGGACGCCAGGCUCUCGAUGUGCUCCACCUCGCGGCCGAGCUCGAUGACGACUUGCUUGCGACGUUUGCUGUGCGUGCAAUGGAACGUCAGUCGGAUCAGCACCUCAUCAACACCUACUGGAGCGAGGAAGACAUCAAGAGUGGACGGUCGUUGCCGUCCAUGCUGUGGCACCCAGGUACCUGGACUGCGGAAGACUUUGUCCGUCUCCCUCCCAGUUACCAGUGGGCCCUCCUCCGCAGCACUCUUCCUCGCUCUAUGCAGCGCGACCAGUGCGGCGCCAAGGCCUUUGGAACCUUUUACUGCUCCGACCAAUUUGCCCGAUUCCUUGCGCAGUACCGUGCGACCGAAACGGCGGGCGACGGCGGCGUCGCGCGACCAUGA